GUGGCAAUCACACGAUGAUUUUUCUCAACCAACCACAAAGACAUUGGCACCCUCUAUUUAGUAUUUGGUGCCUGAGCCGGGAUAGUAGGCACCGCCCUAAGUCUACUAAUUCGAGCAGAACUAAGCCAGCCAGGCGCUCUCCUAGGGGAUGACCAGAUCUAUAACGUGAUCGUUACAGCCCAUGCCUUCGUUAUGAUUUUCUUUAUAGUUAUGCCAAUUAUGAUUGGAGGCUUUGGAAACUGAUUAAUUCCCCUAAUAAUCGGGGCCCCAGACAUAGCAUUUCCUCGAAUAAAUAACAUAAGCUUCUGACUCCUUCCCCCAUCCUUUCUCCUCCUCUUAUCUUCGUCUGGAGUUGAAGCUGGCGCUGGUACUGGAUGGACAGUUUAUCCCCCUCUAGCCGGAAACCUCGCCCACGCAGGAGCCUCUGUUGAUUUAACUAUUUUCUCCCUUCACUUAGCUGGAAUUUCCUCAAUUUUAGGAGCCAUUAAUUUUAUUACGACCAUUAUUAACAUAAAACCCCCAGCUAUUUCUCAAUACCAAACUCCACUUUUUGUUUGAGCUGUACUAGUUACUGCUGUACUUCUGCUACUUUCCCUCCCUGUUCUGGCAGCAGGCAUUACUAUGCUACUCACGGACCGUAAUCUAAACACUACUUUCUUUGACCCGGCAGGUGGAGGAGAUCCAAUUUUGUACCAACACCUCUUUUGAUUCUUCGGACACCCAGAAGUCUAUAUCCUCAUCCUCCCAGGUUUUGGUAUAAUUUCACACAUCGUUGCAUACUAUUCCGGUAAAAAAGAACCCUUCGGGUACAUAGGAAUAGUCUGAGCUAUAAUAGCCAUCGGAUUGUUAGGAUUUAUCGUCUGAGCCCAUCAUAUGUUCACUGUCGGGAUAGACGUGGACACUCGUGCCUACUUCACAUCUGCCACCAUAAUUAUCGCUAUCCCCACGGGAGUAAAAGUAUUUAGCUGACUGGCCACACUACAUGGGGGCUCAAUCAAAUGAGAAACACCACUUCUUUGAGCCCUGGGAUUUAUUUUCCUAUUUACAGUGGGUGGACUAACAGGUAUUGUUCUUGCUAACUCCUCAUUAGAUAUUGUUCUACAUGACACUUAUUACGUAGUUGCUCAUUUCCACUAUGUUCUAUCUAUAGGAGCUGUAUUUGCCAUUAUGGGUGCUUUUGUACACUGAUUCCCGCUAUUUACGGGAUAUACCCUUCACAGCACAUGAACCAAAAUCCAUUUUGGAAUUAUAUUUAUUGGUGUAAAUUUAACCUUUUUCCCACAGCAUUUCCUAGGCCUUGCAGGAAUACCACGACGGUAUUCUGACUACCCAGACGCCUAUACGCUAUGAAACACUGUGUCCUCAAUUGGAUCUCUUGUUUCCUUAGUAGCUGUAAUCAUAUUCCUAUUUAUUCUUUGAGAGGCCUUUGCUGCCAAACGGGAGGUGGCAUCAAUCGAAUUAACUUCAACAAACGUAGAGUGACUACAUGGAUGCCCCCCACCUUACCACACAUUCGAGGAGCCAGCAUUUGUCCAAGUACAAGCAAACUAA